CCCUCUCCCAAAAUUUCAACAACCAGUUGUCUUAAUUUGCUCUGAUUUUGCGAAGGUCUUUUGUGGAACAAACAUUCUUUUAGAUUUUGUAUUUAUUUUACAUUUUUUGACCCCGUGUAUAUAUAUACAGAAGAAGUAGGAAGGGUAAAGUGAAGCAAUUAUUCUUCCAGAUUGAUUAUUUCAUUGUGUAUAUAUAUAUAUAUAUAUUGAAGAAGUAAGAAGAUGGGGUAUUCGGAGAACACAAGGGGUUUAGUUCUAGCAAUGGUUUCCAGUUUGUUCAUUGGAACGAGUUUUAUCUUAAAGAAGAAAGGUCUCAAGCGUGCUGCUGCUGCUGGUACUCGAGCAGGAGGUGGAGGCUAUACUUAUUUGCUUGAGCCCCUUUGGUGGGUAGGCAUGAUCACAAUGAUUGUUGGGGAAGUUUCCAAUUUUGUGGCCUAUAUUUAUGCUCCAGCAGUUCUUGUGACCCCCCUUGGUGCGUUGAGUAUAAUUAUCAGUGCUGUCUUGGCACACUUUAUGUUGAGGGAACGUUUACAACGGUUAGGUGUGGUGGGAUGCAUAUUGUGCAUUGUAGGAUCCGUGGUAAUUGUUAUACAUGCACCUCAGGAACAUAUGCCAACUUCUGUACAAGAAAUCUGGAUUUUGGCAAUUCAACCAGCAGCAUUUGUGAUUUAUGCAGCCGCAACAAUAUCCAUAGUAGUAGCUUUGAUGUUGCAUUUCGAGCCUCGUUAUGGGCAGACGAAUGUGCUGGUAUAUUUGGGAAUAUGUUCUUUAAUGGGUGCACUUACGGUUGUAAGCAUAAAGGCUAUUGGAAUUGCAAUAAAACUUACGCUGGAAGGAAUUAGUCAGAUUGCUUAUCCACAAACUUGGUUUUUUCUAGCUGUUGCAGUAAUCUGUGUCAUCAUGCAGUUGAAUUAUCUAAACAAGGCACUGGAUACAUUCAAUGCUGCAAUUGUUUCUCCAAUAUAUUAUGUAAUGUUCACCACUUUGACUAUCAUUGCAAGCGCAAUAAUGUUCAAGGACUGGGCUGGACAAGAUGCUAGCAGCAUAGUAUCUGAGCUCUGUGGAUUUAUCACAGUGCUUUCAGGAACAAUUGUACUCCAUGUGACUAGAGAACAAGAACCAGCAAAUCCACCAGGAAAUGUACCGUGGUAUGAUGGAGAAGAUAUAAAAGUUAUGGAGGAUGGACAUUACAUAAUGUUGAAUGAUUCAAACUAUUUCCACUGAUUUGAUCUCGUGAAUGUCUAUAGCAAAAGUUGAAGCUGUAUCGGUAGCUGAUGCUUGAUUUGUGUUUUUGUGUAAUGAGAAUUAUUGUUUAAGCUCAGCAAUGUGAGCUUUACAACUGGGAGGUGAGUUCUCCCACGAGCACAAUUUUGGGAAAGGGUUCGAGUUACGGCUUCAAUUUUAGCCUUGACAACAUGUGGAUACAUUUUGGACAUGGUUUCUUGCAGAGUUGCUAUUCAAAUUGAGGUCUGUGCAUACAUGGCGGUGUCUUUUCGUUCAGUUUGUUGUUUAGAGUAUCUUAGUUGAUUCAUGUUGUAAUUUAUUGAGCCACCGCAUUGGUGUAACAUAGAAUUCAUUGUUUUGUAGUGUAAAGAAGGUUGCAGCAGUAAGUUAGAUUGGCAUUUUUUUUUUUAAGGCAGCUUACGAGCAUUUGGUUUGGACAAUGACAGAUUAUGUAAUUUCUGGAGUUUAUGAAUUCGAAAUCGGAUAUUGCGGCGAA